CACUCGUGCCAAAACCCAGAGGGUCGACAUCAAUAUUUCAUCCUAAAGCGACCAGUUGUCAUCAUGCUGUUAAAAAAUCUCAGUGUUCUGCUAACCGUCAGUUUGGCGUGUGGAUUAGUAACGUCAGAGGCUCCCGUCAACGGAAUAAAAUCCUCCAACUUCCUUGGUGGUGCUGAACAGCAUGCGUCAUUCAGCUUUAUUCGUCCUGGAUUAACCCAAACUUCUUAUUCCUUCAAUGGACCGAGCUCUCAUCAGGCAUUCAGUUCAAGCAUCGGCAAUCCUCAUCUAGCCCAGAAGGUUCUUCCAAAUGUUGCACAAGCCUUAUCAUACAAAAAUCCAGGACUCGGCUACUUCUCAACAUCACCCGUAUCUUCCGCAUACGCAUCAUCGCCCUACGUGCCAGCAAUUCCUCAACCAGCUUCACCAUCUUUAUCUCAUUCUCAGCCACAACUUGAUGCCGCAACACUCGCGUACUAUCAACCCCAACAAUUUUCCCCGAAUUCCCAAGUGCAAACUCAAUCCGAGGGAUAUCAAGCCCAGCUGAAUCAGCUGUUGGCUCUGCGCCAGGCGCAAUUACUUCAGCUGCAGUCACAGGGUCAAGCCCCACUGCAAAGCCAGCAGAUUCAGGAACAAAGUACAUCGCACCGCUCAGGGACGCAGAAUUUACUCGGAGUAGCGUAUUCAUCAGCUCCAGCCGUUGCACAUGUUAAAGUCACUGGGAAUGGAUACAAAUUUGAUUUCUGAUUGGAAAUAUUCAUGAGGAUGUUUCAUA